AUGGCUGCAAGUAGAUUGCAAAAUUGGUCACACUUCUUAUCAGCUUUCAAUUAUAAAGUAGAAUGUAUAGGAACUAAAGACAACAUAGUCGCAGAUACCCUGUCAAGACUACCAACAAAUUAUGUCGAACAAAAUGAAAUUUUAGAUUCAGUGCCAAGUUACAGUUACCUACACUAUGCCAUUCAAAGCAAAAUUACAUGUUUAGAUUACAAAGCUCGCGAAACUAGUAAGGAUAAAGUAUUAUCGCUUGUAAAACGAAUGGUAACCAAUAGAUGGCCAGAGCGUAAAAUAAAUGCGUGGACAGAAGAACUUAAACCUUAUGCAUUACGGCGUGACGAAUUAAGUACAGAAAAAGAAUGUUUAAUGUGGGGUCAAAGGGUAAUAAUACCAAGUAAGUUACGAAGUGACAUAAUAGAAAAAUUGCACGAAAGUCAUUUUGGUGUAGUUCAAAUGAAAAGUAUGGCAAGGUUAGUUGUUUGGUGGCCGAAAAUUGAUAGUUAUAUUGAAGAACGAGUUAAAACAUGCAAAUAUUGUAUUGAAGUAAAUGAUAGUCCAAGAAGAAUGACACUCUCCCCAUGGCCUUACCCAACGCAGCCUUGGCAUAGAAUUCAUGCCGACUUCGCAGGGCCAUUUUUAGGCCACACAUUUCUAUUAAUUUUAGACGCCUUUUCAAAAUGGCCAGAAAUAUAUAUAGUUAAUAAUAUGUCAGCAGAGCUCACAAUCAAAUUAUUCAAAGACACGUAUGGCUUACCGCAUCACGUAAUAACAGAUUCGGGAACCCAAUUUACAAGCGACGAGUUCAAAUCUUUCUUGAAAAGCAUAGGAACUAAACAUACAUUCGCGGCACCAAAACACCCGGCUACUAACGGCGCAGCGGAAAAUUUUGUAAAAGUAUUUAAACGUAAAAUAAAAGCCAUUAUGAAUAGUUCAAACAUCGAUAUACAAACCGCCAUGCGUAGAUUUUUGUUCAAUUACAAAACUACAAAACACACAAUUACAAACGAGACACCGGCAAAAUUGUUAAUGGGUCGGGAAUUUCGAACAACUUUGGAUAUACUACGCCCGGACAGUAAAAAAAUUAUUGAAUUGAAACAAGAAGACCAAAUAAAAAAUUUUAUAGAAAAUCGCAAUGAAAAAUUCCAACAAAACGACGUAGUAAUGGCCAAAGAUUUUCGAAAAUACCACCCGAAAAUGUCGGAAGCUACAAUUAUACAAGACUUAUCUCCUCGAAGUUGUAUGGUAAAAUUUAAAGAUGGGGAGGAGCAUAAUCGACAUUACGAUCAGAUGAGAAAAUGGAAAAAGACCAGUUUUAAGAACAAAAAUGCAAAAAACCGGAAUGGCGGAAUAAAUGCGCAAGAAUCUGAAGAAGAAACGGGUACGAGAAAAUCUGUAAGAGUCAGAAAACCAGUAGAGCGUUACAACGCCACUGGAUAG